GUGGUUAUAUGCGUCUGCUCGGGGAUUCCCCCGCCUGGCUCGAGCAGCUCGCGGCGCUGUUACCGGAUAUCGCGACGUCGAGCGGCCGCUUCUGCCGGUUUCAGCUCGAUUCGAAGCCUCGUUUUACGGCGCGCGGAGCCUCUCGAACACGUUUAGAAAUAACACCAAGCGGUCGGUCGGAAGCGGAGCCGCCGCGAGGGAGGGAGCGAGCCUCCCGGCCGCGAGGGAGCGAGCCUCCCGGGGAGUUGGCAUGAGACGAGGCGGCGCGUUCCUCUGCUUUCACAGCGCGGCGGGGGUUUCCUCGGGUGUCGGCAGGCUGUCCUCGGAGGUCCGGUCGCAUCACUGAGAACCGAGCGGGCGACAACACCACCCUCCCCCUUCCCUCCUCCCACCCCACCACCCCGGUAGUGGCCCUCGAAGCCCCGCGGAGGGAGGGAGGGGGGGAGGAGGAGGAGGAGGGAGCGUGGGGAGUGAAGGAGAUCCAGAAAUCCAGCGACGCCACCGCCGCCAUGGCGAGCGACGACCGCCGCAAGGAUGAGCCGCUGGAGGACGGCCGCGCGGACUCCGGCGUCGACUCGUACCGCUCCGCGCUGAGGUCGGAGGAGCCCCGGGAGCCGAGCGCCGACUUCAGCGGGCCGAGGGACAAGUUCACCGCCGUGGAGGAGCGCCUGGACUCCGCCUACGGCUCCUCGUCCCUCACGGCCGAGAGCCUCUCGGAGAUCGUGGGGGGCUGCACGCUGGAGGAGCCGGCGCGCGGCUCCGAGCUCUCCGACCGGGAGGAGAACUUGCUCACAACCAUCACAGAAGAUGGAGACACGAUCCUGCACUUGGCGAUCAUCCACGAGGACCGAUUCAUUGCUCACCAGUUGAUGCAGCUUUUCCCACAAGACGUGCUGAACAUCCAGAACAACUUGUACCAGAGCCCUCUGCAUCUGGCCACCUACCUGAACCUUGUCGACGUGGUGAAGGGCCUGGUGGAGAAGGGGGCCAGUUUGGAGCUGCAGGACCAGGAGGGCAACACGGCGCUCCACGUGGCCUGCCAGCACGGGCAGACCGAGUGCGCCGGCGAAAUGACCAGAGAGGCUUCGCCCAGCAAACUGGCCCCGGUCCUGGAGACCCAGAACUGGAGAGGGUUUGUCCUUGCAGGUCUUGCCUGUCUUCACUUGGCUGCACUCCACAGGCAGCAUCACAUCAUGAAGCUCCUGGUGAACAAGGGAGCAGACCUGAAUGUCCAGGAAGGUACGAGCGGAAAAACAGCCCUUCAUCUCGCCGCCGAGCUGCACGACGUGGCGUCCGUGAAGCUGCUGCUCAGCAGGGGAGCCAACGUGGACGCCGCCAUGUUUAACGGCUGCACGCCGUUGCAUCUGGCAGUGGGGAGACAGGACGCCGCCAUCGCCCACCUCCUCUGCCAGUCGGGCGCCGACACCAUGCUGCGGAACAUGGAGGACGAAACGGCGCUGGAUCUUGCCGACGGCAACGAUGACAUCUUGGCUCUAUUUCCUUUUGAUGACAUCCAGAUCUCCGGGAGGUCGGUGGUCAGUGUGAAGUUUUGAGCCGGAUCAAAAGGCCUAAUAACAAUGUUGACAUUUUCUCGAGCUUCCCUGUAGUCGAAACCUUUUGAUUUAAAAAAAGAAAAAAGCAUAAAAUAAAGCAAACCUGCAUUUGUAGCCCAUGAUUUGAUUUGUAUUAAUCUAUUAUGUAGACUAACCCAAUAUGAGGUUUGAGGUAUUUCAGGUUUAUAAACCUCUGACAAAGCGUGGUUUUCUCAUCUUUCUGCUUGUUUCCUCGUGUCCACCAGCUGAGGGUUUGCCACUUGAUGUUUUGAAGCGGUUUUCUCUAUUUAUCUCAUCGAGCCUUUAGUCUGCAACAACUAUUAAUUUACUUUGGUGUGUAAUUACAUUGCUGUGUUUAGUUAAUAUAAGUAGUUUGUUUAUUUUGUAAUAAAAAGAGGAGGGAAAAACUC